CAGACGGUAACAGAUGCAAGCUGAUGACACAGCCCGAUGAUGAAUUUCCUGCCUUCCAGAUGGACAACCAUGCAUAUUGUCUGGCACAUGCACAGCAGCCGGUUAGCAGUUCCAAGCAGAAUGUGCUCACCGGACAAAUACUUGCCGGGGAUUCACUGCUGCUCAUCGAUGCAGCCAAACGCCCGUUGGAUGAGUACGUGCAGCCCCUAUGCCAGCUAUACAAGCUGGUCAGGAGGAGACAGCAGCAUGUGAUUCUUGUGCUGGUGGCUACGCGCAAACGUUCGCUGCAGCUGCGCGCGCAAUUUGAGAAACAGUUGGACAGCCGGCAGGACCUUAUCAGUGCAGCAGAGGAGUCGGAGACAGCAGCCCAGCUGUUGUGUCAGCGUGGCGGCCUGUUGAUUGCAACCACUGCAGAGUUCAGCAAUUUGAAGACGCCUCAGCUGCUAACGGACGCUCAUUUGGGCUGCAUUGUCUUUGACGAGCUGGAGCGGCUGCAGGCUUAUGGUGGUAGCUGUUUUCAGGCGCUCAAGCUGACGCUCUGGCAGCUGUGCAGCAAGCCACAGCUUGUGGUGACCUCGCGACUGUGGCUGGCUGCAGAAAUGCAGCAACUCUUGCAGCACGCCAGGAAGCCGCUGGUGUUUCUGCAGGAAGCGCUGGAGGCAGCCGUCUAUGGUGGCCUGCAGCUGCAAGUGGAGCUGGGCAAUAGCGGAGCACGGCAGAUGCAGCAGCUGAUGGACUACCUGCGACAGCAGCCAUAUAAAAAACAGCGCACGCUGAUUUACUGCACCAAUGAAACGGAUUUCCAUGAGCUACAACAGCAAUUGCCCAAGGAUGACUGCCUGUUGCAUCGUGGACGAGGGGAUAAACCGCGCGUGGACCGCUGGCAGCAACAGAACACGGGCCAAAUAUUGUUGCUGCGCGAACAUGCACCCGAGUUGCUUGUGGACAACGUUCAGUCUCUCAUACACUUCAACAUGCCGUCCACUUGGAGUCAGUUUAGGAAGCGUUUCGCUGUAUUUAAAACCCAAAUACCCAAUGCACUGAUGUCCACCACAAACCAGCAGCAGCUGCACUCCCUCCUUCUACUGAAUAAGCAGAGUCAACGAAUGCUGCCUCAGCUGAUAGAGUUCAUGCAGCAACACGGACAUCCCAUCGAUGAAAAGCUGAAUGCGGCGCAUGCGCAGCUGCAGGCGACACAUGAGGCAUCCUUGGUGGCGCGUAAGUGCGUCAUUUGUCCGGUGUUGUUGCUGCAUGGCCAUUGCCUGACGCCUACCUGCCAAUAUUGACAUCUGCUGGCAGACGUCGACAGGAGCUGUGCGACUGUACCAACUGCAGGAUGUAUACGCUUUCAGCUGCUUAAGAUCUGCACACCCUCCCACUUCGCGGCUCGUUUGAUGGCACAUAGAGCAACAGCUCAAGGCGCGUGGUGUAUGAUGCCUGUGCAG